UUUUAGUGAGUUAAAUGUCUACACAGUAGACUUCGUACCAUUCAUUCUUGAAAAGUAUUUUACAUAACUAAUGGUAUUAAAGAUCCGGAAUAAACUACAUUUUUUGAAGUUUAGCAGUAAAAUUUGUAGCUGUUAUACUAUUCCACUUUCCAUCAGAAUGUUCAAAACUUUGGAAAGUAAACUGAUAACUUCCAAUCUUUAUGUGUAGUCUUAGAAGUUUUGAAUUAUCCUUGGAAUGUAGUUCGCAGAGAAAGCAAAUGGUAUCAUUUUCAGCGCUCCAUAGGCUAAUCGAUCCAUUCGCAACCUUUUCUAUAACACAACCAGAGUUUGCAGCAUAAUAAUUCACUGUAACAUCACCACGUUUGCUCUCUAUAGUCUUGUAGUGAUUUUUGUCAUUUGGAACGGUUGAUAAAUCCAGAGUUAGUCUAGUGGAUCUGUCAUUCGUUUUUUUUUCAAGUUGUUGAUGUCCUUGAUAUAAUCAGUUGUUUGCUACCAAUCUGCUUUCUUCUUCCAAAAACAAUUACCACUGGCCGCUUUAUAUUU